AUGAAUAUGUGUGGUUAUAGAUUGGCCUUGUUAAAUGAACUUUUAGAACGACGUCACAGUGCGGCUGUACAGAGCUGUAAUGCAGUUGACGCUCCGUGUAUCACAAAAGAAGUGGUAACUAUUUUUCCUGUAAAAACGAAUCGGGGUACAGAGGUCGUUUAUAGAGGUCGCCGGAGUAUUGAAAAUGAUUAUGUUAUUGAAAAUGACUUUGUUAAUGUAAAUGGUUUUAGAGAGACUAAAUCCACUGGCAGUGAGGCCGUGGUGGAUUUAUUUAAAGGGAAAGGGGUACCAACCUCUAGAAACGGGAAAAAUAAGUGUGAGUUGACUGAUCCACCAAUAGUUUUGAGUAGUAAGGAAGAUAGGGAAGAUACAGGGUAUCUUAACGAAAAUCCUGAAACUCACCAGAUUGAUAAUAGACUGAAACAGUCUACGAACUACACUGAGAUAGAAAAUAGUAAUGAAUUUCGCCAGUUUGCUACAGGAGGAAAUGCGCAAUUCUCCAAUUGUGGUCAUUUAUCUAAAGGACCACAUGUAGUAAAAUUGCGUGAAAACUUGGAAAUACCUGCUUUCCACGGUUGCGAUUUUAAUGUACCUGUAAACACCCGGGUCCCUGCAGGCAUUAAAGUCUGUGAACCAUUAAAUCAUACAGAUGUCGGUAUUCUUACCGCGUGUAGUGUAAUAGAAAUUCCUGAAAAUUCAACAAAAGAAAAUAGAAAUAUAGUAGUUCGUAUUCUGAAUACUUCUCCAAUACCGCAGACCAUUUAUAAAAACACGCCCAUUUUAAAUUUGGUGGAUGUGACUAGGCUGAAAGAAUGUUCCACCGCGGAUGCUCUCUGUGGAGCGGAUGGAACGGAUUAUGUUAGUGAAAAGUUUAGUGAAAUUCAUACAAGUUGUUAUGAAGGCCAUAUUGUGGAGAAUAUGGUUUCUCAUUUAAAAGGAGGGGAUAAGAACUGUGAAAGUGAAAGUGAAGAAGAAAUUGUGACGGAUGAAAGUGAGGAGAAUGUAGACAGAACUGAUAGAAUGUCGUCAGUCUUGGAAAAUGAAAAUACCGAAAGAGAUGGUGUUGAUGAUGAUAACCAAAUAAUUGAUGAUCAUGAAAAUGAUUCUAUGAGGUCCUUGGAUGCAGAUCGAGAGGAAAAUGAUGAUGUAGCUCAAGUUUCUAUAAACAUACGAAACCCGGAGCCUUUAGAACAGCAAAUUCGACCUCAACGAAUAAGACAGUUACCAAAAAGGUUUGAAGAUUAUGUUUUAGACUCCUUGGAUUAG